AUGGGCUUCCCUGGUGGAUCAAAUGGUAAAGAGUACGCCUCCAAUGUGGUAGACCUGGGUUCGAUCCCUGGGUUGGGAAGAUCCCCUGGAGGAGGGCAUGGCAACCCACUCCAGUAUUCCUGCCUGGGGAAUCUCCAUGGACAGAAGAGCCUGAUGGGCUAUAGUCCAUGGGGUCACACAGAGUCGGACACGACUGAGCAACUAAACACAGGUUCCUCUGUCCAUGGGAUUCUUCCACUGCACUACACUUACUUUGGAAAAGCUUUAAGACAUUUCAGAUGCAUACAAAGGCAUAAAUAA